AUAAAAACAAGCAACACACGUGACUCAGACGCAUCUUAUCGAACCUACUCCAUCUCCAGCUAGGGUUUCUUCUUCACCUUUUCCCUUUUUCUUCAAUUCAAUUCCAAUGGCCGACGAAUCCCAAUACGACGCCACUCCACCCUCCCUCAAACGCAAGUACGACGAACCACCUCCUCACUCCAGAACCACCGGUUUCUCCGACGGCCCUCCUCCUCCGUCAUACAACAACGUCCCUCCCCCCGCCACCACCGAAUUCGAACUCAUCAAACAACGGGCUCAAGAAGUCGCCGCUCGUCUCCUCAGCGGCUCCGAUGUCGCUAAACGCACCAAAUUCGAUGUUGUUACUCCCACCUCUUACGAUUCCUCCGAAUUUAAGAGUCAAUAUUCAGCUCCUUCAAGUAUACCUUCGUAUUCGCAUCAAGGUUCAAGCAAGAAGAUUGAAAUUCCUAAUGGGAGGGUUGGUGUUAUCAUUGGGAAAGGUGGAGAAACUAUCAAGUACCUUCAAUCACAAUCUGGUGCUAAAAUCCAGGUCACCCGUGACAUGGAUGCUGACCCUAAUUCUCCAAAUAGAUUGGUUGAGCUUACGGGUACUUCUGAUGCUAUUGCUACUGCUGAGAAACUGAUCAAUGAAGUUCUUGCUGAGGCUGAAUCUGGAGGUAAUGGCCUUGUUACUCGACGAAUGACUGGACAAGGUGGCGCUGAUGAAUUUUCAAUGAAGAUCCCUAAUAACAAGGUUGGCCUUAUCAUUGGUAAAGGUGGAGAAACAAUAAAGAGUAUGCAAGCUACAACUGGAGCUAGAAUUCAGGUGAUUCCUCUUCAUCUUCCCCCGGGUGAUCCAUCCACCGAAAGAACUUUAAAAAUUGAAGGGACCUCUGAACAAAUUGAUUCUGCAAAACAAUUGGUUGAUUCAAUUCUCAGCGGCGAGAACCGUCUUAGAAAUCCAUCAAUGUCUGGUGGUUACUCUCAGCAAGGUUACCAAGCUCGGCCACCCUCUAGCUGGGCUCCCCCUGCUGCUCCUAUGCAACAACCUGGUUAUGGUUAUGUGCAACCUGGAGCAUACUCUGGUCCAUCACCCCAGUAUAAUAUGCCUCAGCAACCAUAUGCAGGCUAUCCUCCAUCUGGUGGAUAUUCUUCCAACUGGGACCAGUCCACUGCAACUACCCAGCAGCCGUCUCAUGGCGGGUAUGAUUAUUAUAAUCAACAGUCUCAGCAACAGCAGAAUCCUGGGGGUCCUGCAGCUCCAGCUGAUGGGACUGCUUACAAUUACAGUCAACCACCUUCCUCUGGUUAUAGCCAGCCUGGACAGGGCUAUGCUCAGGAUGGUUAUGGUGCAUAUCAACAGCCACCACAAACAGGGUAUGGUCAGCCACCAUAUGAUCAGCAGCAAGGUUAUGGCUCAGCCCCAAGCUAUGGUUCAGCACAAGAGGGCCAAACUGCCAAUUAUGGUUCUCAAGGAGAUUCAUCCCAAGUUCCACCUGUCCAACCUUCCCAGCAAGGUUAUGGUAGCAACCAACAGCCUAGCCCAAAUGCUGCAAACUAUCCACAACAAAGUGCUGCUCAGCCAGGUUAUGGGGUGCCACCAACCUCCCAAGCAGCUUAUGGCAAUCCACCUCAAGCACAGUCUGGUUAUGGACCCCCUCAACCACAGAAGCCAAGUAGUACUCCGCCUGCAUAUGGACAAUCACAGUCACCUAAUGCAGCUGGAGGUUAUGGUCAACCAGGAUAUCCCCCUUCACAGCCCCCACCUUCUGCAUAUUCUCAACCAGAAACAGGCUCUCAAAGAGCACCGUCAUCUGGUUAUGGCGGUGCUGGUGCUGUUCAACCAGGGUACGGUCCUCCAUCAUAUGGUGCUCCAGCAGGUAGUCAACCUGGUUAUGGUCAGGCACCACCUUCAUAUAGCAGCGGUUCUUAUGGUGCUGGUUAUCCUCAGGCCCCAGCAUAUUCUGCUGAUGGUACUGCUGGUGGGAAUGCUCGCGGUGGUAGCUAUGAUGGAGCACCUGCACAGGCAGCUCAGCAGGCUAGUGUUGCCAAGUCACCUCAGAGCUGAUAUCAUAGUUUGUUCAUUAUGGAUUACGCUAUUUUCUUAUAUUUUUAUGAUGUCUACUUAGCUUCGUAACAAUGACAUCGAAGCAUUUCUGUGUUUAAAGUAGUUUUUUUUUUUUAAUUAUUGAGUUUUCAUGUACACUUCUAAAUUGUUGUUAAAUUGUCUCCUUAAGUCGCA